AUGUUAACUGAAAAGAAAGAAGAGGAUGUAAAGGAAGAAAAGGACGAUGGUAAUAAACCUAUCUAUUUGAAGGAAUAUCACCGGAUGAAUUUGCUUGGAAAGAAUGAUGAAGAUGGAGAGGAAGAGGAAGAGGUGAUAGAAAAUAAUCAUACGGAUAAGAGAUCUGUUGAAGAAGAAGAAGAUUUACAAGCGAAGCCAUAUACAGCUCAGCAAAAGGAGGACAAGGCUAAAUUGAUGGACGAGAUCAAUGAAGCAUUCGGAGAAGAUGAGGAGGAAGACUUUUUAAAGAAGAAAAAUCCUCCAAAAGAGAAAAAGAAGGAAAAGAAGGAUGAGGUUACACUUCCGGAUCCAUCUCAAGACGGAGAAAAGUUUUUGGAAGUGUACAUAGAGAAACAUGCUUGGAUACCUGAUAAGGACUCUAAAGAUUUGACUAAAGGAAUGGAAGAAGAUGAUCCAGAAUUUGAUGCGGCAGCAGAGAGGUUUGAGAAUGCUUACAAUUUCCGUUUUGAGGACCCUGAUGCAGGGGAAAUCGUUUCCUAUGCGAGAUCUCAAGCUACUAUGAGAAGACAGAAGACGAGCUCUAGGAGGAAAGAAAGACAGAAGGAACAAGAAACAAGAAGAGAUGAGCAAGAAGAAGUUCAAAAGAAGCUUAAGCAAAAGAAGCAGAAAAAAAUGAAUUUAGUGAUGGACAGAAUUAAUGAGGUUAGAGAUGCCGUGGGCAAUGAUAUCCCAGAAAAGGUUAUUGCUGAAGUAUUCGGAGAUAUCUUGAUGAAGGAAGACUUUGAUAAUGAGGAAUGGGAUAAGAAGAUGAAUGAAGUAUUCGAGAAGUAUGAGGGAGACAGUACAGAGAAACCAACAUGGGACGAUAAUGAAGAAGAAGAAGGAGAAGAGAAAGGAGAAGAGAAAGGAGAAGAGAAAGGAGAAGAGAAAGGAGAAGAGAAAGGAGAUGAGAAAGGAGAUGAGAAAGGAGAUGAAGAAGAUGAAGAGGUGGUUGAAGCGACAGAUGUUACACAGAAAUCCUCGAAGCGUGCUUCCAAACGAGAAGAAAAACACAAAAAGAAGCAAAAGAAGGAGAGCAUUAAGAGAAUAGCGUCGAGUAUUGUGGAACAGAAAGCUACAGAAUUGAUAGAUGAAAUCAAAGAAGAAAGAGGACGGUCCAGACAGCAAGAGAACCUCAGAUUCAAGUACAGAGAAGUCUCACCACAAUCAUUUGGCUUAACUACGAGAGAUAUAUUGUUUGCAGACGAUCAGUCUUUGAACGAUUUUGUCGGAUUGAAGAAAUUCGCUCCUUAUCGAUCGGAAAGGGAUAAGGAAGAGGACAAGAACAAAUACGGAAAGAGUAAACGGGUGAAAAAAUGGAGAAAGAAGGUGUUUCACAGUUCCCAUGGACCAAAGUUUGGUGCCGAGGAUGCUAAUGGGGAUAUUGAGAUUCCAUUGAUCGUCAAUGAGCCAAGCCAUAAACGGAAACAGGAACAUAGUCACAAGAAGGAUAGGAAAAGAAAGACUAAGGAGAGUAAAUAG